AUGGAGCCUUCAGUAUCUCCGCCAGGCGCACCGAAGCAAGCUGGCACGCGCAGACCUUGUACUGGAUGCUCUGUGAAGGAUUUGUGUCUUGUUUCAAAACAAGGGUCAAUAGCUGAAGUGGAAUCUGCUUUGGCCUUGAUAAAAAAGAACGAUGGAAGCAUUGACGGUAGAAAUGCAUUUGGCCUUGGUGCCCUCCACCUUGCAACAUGGAGAAAUCACCUUCCAAUCGUCAGGCGGCUCCUAGAUGCUGGUGCUAAUCCAGAUGCAAGGGAUGGAGAAUCCGGUUGGAGCAGCCUUCACAGAGCACUUCAUUUUGGCCACUUGUGCAUUGCUGGUGUUCUUCUACAGUUUGGUGCAUCCCUCAAUUUGGAGGACACCAAGGGUCGUACACCUAUUGAUCUUCUCUCUGGCCCUGUAUCACAGGCUAAUGGGGAUUCUCCCAAUUCAGGAUGCGCUUACAAAUCCUCCUUACCUUUUUCCAUUUUAGUUGCAACGGAAGUCUUCAGUUGGGGAAGUGGAACAAACUAUCAACUGGGAACUGGCAAUGCCCACAUACAAAAACUACCUUGCAAAGUAGAUGCCUUGCAUGGGUCAUAUAUCAAAACUGUUGCUGCAUCAAAGUUCCACAGUGUAGCAGUCAGUUCUGAUGGUGAAUUAUACACUUGGGGAUUUGGUCGAGGCGGUCGUCUUGGACAUCCGGAUAUUCAGAGUGGCCAGACGACAGCUGUGAUUACCCCUCGCCAAGUGACAGUUGGAUUAGGCCGUAAAAAGGUGAAUGUUGUGGCUGCUGCGAAACAUCACACAGUGAUUGCUACAUCAGCUGGGGAAUUGUUUACCUGGGGAUCAAACAGAGAGGGUCAGCUUGGUUACCCUUCUGUCGAUACCCAACCAACACCAAGGCGUGUUAGUUCACUCAAGCAAAGGAUAAUUGCAGUAGCCGCUGCAAACAAGCACUCAGCAGCAGUUGCCGAUACUGGCGAAGUGUUCACAUGGGGUUCCAAUAAGGAGGGCCAGCUAGGCUAUGGCACUUCAAACUCGGCAUCCAAUUGCAUUCCAAGAAUGGUAGAGUAUUUGAAAGGAAAAGUAUUUAAAGGUGUAUCUGCAGCAAAAUAUCAUACGUUAGUGUUUGGGGCUGAUGGCGAGGUGUUCACUUGGGGUCAUCGCCUCGUGACCCCUCGCCGUGUUGUAAUAGCUAGAUGUCUUAAGAAGGGUGGAAAUGCAAAUGUGAAGUUUCAUCGUAUGGAGCGACUUCAGGUGAUCUCUGUGGCAGCUGGAGUGAUGCACAGUACUGCUCUAACAGCUGAUGGUGCUAUUUGUUACUGGAAUUCAUCGGAUCUGGACUUAAGAUGUCAACAGAUAUUCUCUAUGUGUGGACGGAAUGUAGUGAGCAUCUCAGCUGGAAAGUACUGGACUGCACUGGCUACAUCAACUGGUGAUGUUUUCAUGUGUGAUGCAAAGAAACGUAAGGAUGAAACUCCAGUAUUUACUCGAGUGAAUGGUGUUAAGCGAGCAUCAUCAGUUUGUGUUGGUGAAACACAUAUGCUUGUGCUUUCUAGUAUUUACCAUCCCGAGUAUCCACCCAAACCCAAAUUCCAAAGCAAAAAGCCCUCAUCAGAAUGGAGUGGUGUGAUGGAAGAGUUGGAUGAAGACAUAUUGUUUACUGAUGUCCAGCCUGAAACUGAUCUAUCUGUUACCAGCAAUGAAAUGAGCAAAGGCAUACCCAGUCUGAAGAGCCUCUGUGAGAAAGUUGCAAUUCAGCAUAUAAUGGAGCCAAAGAAUGCUAUACAACUUCUUGAAGUUGCUGAUUCCUUGGAAGCCAAAGAGCUCAAGAAGCACUGUGAGGAUACAGCUAUUCGCAACCUUGAUUACAUCUUCACAGUGGCAGCUCCUUCAAUUAUGAAUGCUUCUCCUGAAAUUCUUGCAAAUUUAGAGAGAUUGCUGGAUGAAAAAUCCUCGGAGCCCUGGAGUCACCGCCGUCUUCCCACAAUGACAGCUACUUAUCCUGCUGUCAUUGAUAGCGAUGCAGAGGGAGAUAAUGCAGGAGGAUUCCCUAGGCUCAGGGACAAUCAGAAGCCUGCAUCAAAGUUGUAUGGAAUGUCAGGUUAUGGUAACUUCCUUCAGAAAGAAAGCAAUGCUGAGCAAUUUGUCUCCAAACAGAUCAGGGCAAUUCGCAAGAAACUGCAGCAGAUUGAGAUGCUCGAGGCUAAACAACUGGAUGGUCAUCAGCUUGAUGAUCAACAGCUAGCAAAGCUCGAGUCUAGGGCUUCCCUUGAAAGUGAACUUGCAGAGCUUGGCUUUCCAACAGAAGCAUUUUCAAGACCUUCAGUUUAUGUGCCAAACAAAAAAUCUGAGGGUUCUAAGAAACAGAAGAAGAAAAUCAAGCAGGCAGCACAAUCUGAUAUUACCUCUAUAAAGCAUGAGGACAAGGAGCAAAACCACAAUAAGGAGCUUCCAGAAGUGUUACCAACCCAUGGCUCUUCAGAAAAGGCACGUUGCACUCGGGCUCAUCCCGGGUGCUGGCGAUGGGGACGGGAAGAAGGGGCUUCCGCUGGAGGUUUACCCACAAAGGCGUUGGCCGGAAAGCGGUGUGAGGGCCUACAGGAUGGAGACGCUGAAAAGGCGGUUCCUGUCCGGCCACAACACCACAACACGCGCAGUGAGGCGAGGCUACUAAGGCCAUGUUCAGUGCAUGGGAGCAGAGCGGAGGCCACCACCCAGAUCUGGAGAGGUCUGGCUCCCCCUCCUAUCUGCCCAGAUCACCAGCUUCGGCAGCUGUUGCAGUCGAUUCGACCCCCUUUGGAGGCAGAUGCACUUGAUCCAGGACGUGGUAGCCUACGAUGGCGGCCUCUGGUGAACGCCGCCUACUUUGAGGUCACCAGGCCCAUGAACCUGUUCACCGGCUUGUCGGACGGUGGGUAUCACAGGUGCCGGCGGAGUGGCAUCGGGGACUUGCCUUUGCUGCUGGAGAACCUCAAGGAACCAGUCAAACCAUCUGAUGAUGGCACUUCGAGUAACACAAAAGCCAUCUUUUAUCCAUUAGGGAACAAAGCUUCCCGGCCAACUUCAUCAAAGAAGAAGAACAAGAAAGGUGGCUUGUCAUUGUUUUUGAGUGGUGCUCUUGAUGACACCUCAAAGCUAAGCUUGCCUACUCCUGCUGUGCCUGUGACACCAAAGCAAGAAGGACCUGCCUGGGGUGGAGCUAAGAUAACGAAGGGACCUGCUUCCCUUCGUGAUAUUCAAAGCGAGCAGAGGUCGAAAACGAACGAGCUGGUGACGACGAAAGCAAAAGACCGCCAUGAGGAUUCACCUGACAGUGCUGGGCUUUUGCGGCUUUCUUCAUUUAUGCCUGAUGCGUGUUCAAGUCCAAUAUCUGUUACACCUGCUCGUGCUGUUCCUGCUCACGAAGGGGAUAAGAGCACACCUCCUUGGUCAUCUUCAGCUACCUCACCCAACCUAUCACGGCCUUCACUCAGGGACAUACAGAUGCAGCAGGAGAAACGGCACCACGGCGUUGUCUCCCACAGUCCGAAAACCCGGACAUCAGGCUUUGCCAUACCAUCCCUGGGCGCAGCGCCAGAGGUUGUUGGCGUGAAGGACAACGUUCCCAACCGCUGGUUUAAGCCAGAGACUGACACCCCGUCCUCCAUCCGCUCGAUCCAGAUUGAGGAACAAGCGAUGAAGGACUUCAAGCGUUUCUACACCACCGUGAGGAUCAUGAAGCCACAGGUCUAG